AGCAACAGAUAGCAGAGCGGGGAAAAGAAGGAGAAGAAGAGGAAAAACAGAAAAGAAGAGGAGGAAAUCUGCAGUUUUCUCACAUCUUUCCUCUUCUACAACCACACUCUGCUCCCCUCUUCCCUCUGCCCACCUGACAUGGGGAUCCCCCAACUUUGAGGCUUUUCCUUCCCCCUGCCCUUCCACGCCUCCUGCGACUGUAAACAGCAGCAGCACACGGAGACGGAGCGGAAACAUCACGGACGCACUGCGGAGAUGCGGGAAUUACUUCAUGCGCACAUCUUUUGCUCCCCACCACCAACCAGGACCCGCAGAUUUACUGGUAGCUUCAUGCGUGAGCGAGAAGAGCGUGUGCGUGUUUCGGUGCGGCACACAGAUGGAGCUGUGCGCGCGGAGUGACGGACCCCAGACCCGCACACCUGCUGCUGCAGCACCACGCUGACAUGAAGACCAAGAAAUCCCCUCAGGAAGUCCAAACCUGUGCCAGCAUGUGACCUUUCUUAUUCUUAAAAACAGUUUAAAGGGGUCAAAGAGCCACAAAGGUGUAGGUGUGUGAUCCCCCUCCUCCCCCUUCUCCUCUUCUUCUACUUCAGAUGAAAUCCACAAUGGGUCCUGUUUGGCUUCUUCUGUUGGCGCUGUGUUCAGUCCUCAGAGCGCAGCUGACUCCAACCCCCCCAUCAGUAUUUACACAGGAGAUGGACAACAGCACUGACUCUGGAACAAACACUUCAGAAGCUUCGGACAUCAGCACCACCUCCACCGUGUCCAGACCCACAAAGCCUCCACCAACCCCCUCAGAAGCUCCCACAGAGAAGGUGGAGGACUGGUCACCAGCCCAGACCUUCCUGUACAGUGGGGACUCCUCUGCUCUGAAAACGGCCAGCUGCACACGGGCGUACAGCCCCCCGGGCCAGACCGGGCCCCUGCCCUACAGUUUUGACAUCCCUUUGAGACCAGCGCUGGACGCACUCGCCCACACCGCCAACUUCCUCAACAUGAUCUUCCAGGCCAGUGAUCUGCGAGAGAGCACUGUGCAGGAGGACAUGGAGUGGUACCACGCUCUGGUCCGGGCCCUCCUGGAUGCAGACGUGCUCAUCCAGCAGGCGAUGCUCACUUUUGAUGCCGACCCGACUGCCCAGGCGCCACAACUGGUACUUCGUGCCAUCCGUAACCCGGCCACCAAGGUCCAGACCAUUGUGCUCCAAGACAUGUCCAAAGCUUGGGAGAGUCUUCACCCACCCGCCCCCUCACCUGACGACAGAUGGUUCAGACGGUUUAAAUUCCCAGAAUCCAACCAGCCAAUGGCGGCCCUGUCCAAGCGGGUGCUCCUCAAUGACCUCAGCACAUUGGACACCCCAAAGUGGAGGCAGGGCGACAGCUACGUGACCAAUCGCAGCGGGGUGCGGUGGGCCAACGCCCCCUUCCUGGAUUGUCAGGAUGGACGCUUUGUUCCAAGGUGGAUGCUCACCCUAUCCACGUCCUACUAUGGCCUCAAACCUGACCUGACACCUGAGUUCAGAGGUGUGAUCCGUGUGGAUGUCAACAUUCAGGAUAUCGAUGUGGAUCAGUGUGCAACGGGAAACAACUGGUUCGCUGAUACACACCAGUGCAACCGAACCAGCAUGGAGUGCUUGGCAAUUCGAGGCCGGGGCUUCCAACUAGGCCAGUACUGCUGCCACUGCAAAGAGGGAUACUAUAACCCUGACAUUCCCUCUGAGGACCUGGAUGGCGGCCCAGUGAACGGCAGUGAUGGCGAUGCUGUGUGUUACCCGAACAUGCCCAUCUGUCUGCCGUGCUGGCCCGGCUGUAAGAGCUGCCAGGACGGGACCCCCUGUUGGGUACAAGAGGACUGGCUCCUGAGGGCCGGCGUGUUGGCCGUCCAGGGUGUCUUCAUGCUCCUCAUCUUCGUCAGCAUGCUGGUGGCCUACAGACAUCGCAGGAACCGGAGGAUCCGGGCGUCGGGCCUCCUGCUACUGGAGACCAUCCUGUUCGGCUCCCUGCUCCUCUACUUCCCGGUCUUCAUCCUCUACUUCAGGCCCAGCACUUUCAGGUGCAUCCUGCUCCGCUGGGUCCGGAUGCUGGGCUUCUCCAUUGUCUAUGGCACAGUAACACUGAAAAUGUACCGGGUGCUGAAGGUGUUUCUGUCUCGUACAGCCCAGAGGGUGCCCUACAUGUCCAGCCUCCGCCUGAUGAGGAUUUUGGGAGUGAUGCUGAUGACUGUCUUCUGGUUUCUGUGUGCGUGGACAGUCGGCGUCCUGCAGAACCGGGACAGAAACAUCCCGGUUUUUGUCACAACCACCACGUCAGAUGGCCAGGGGUUCAAUCUUUGUUACCUGGACCGUUGGGACUAUAUGAUGGCAGUGGCUGAGCUUCUGUUCCUGUGCUGGGGCAGCUCCCUGUGGACCGCUGUCAGGCCCGUCCCCUCAGCUUUCCACGAGCCUCGCUACAUGGGCAUCGCCAUCCACAAUGAGCUGCUUCUCUCCUCCAUGUUCCACCUGCUCAGGUUUACCUUUCCUUCUCUGCAUCCUGAUUGGAUGUUGCUGCUUUCCUUCACACACACCCAUGUCACCAUCACCGUGACACUCGCCCUGCUCUUCAUCCCUAAGUUUAUCUAUGUGUCUAAACCUGGGAGGGCAGAGAUUGCAGCAGAGGUGUAUGAAGAUGAAGUGGACUUGCGGCGCUCUUGUUCAUACCUCAACAGCAGCUUUCAUUCUGCUUGGAGUGAACACAAUGUGGAUCCGGAUGACUUUAGGGAGGAAUUGAAGAAGCUAUAUGCCCAGUUAGAAGUCCACAAGACCAAGAAGAUGGCAGCAAACAACCCUCAUCUACAGAAGAAGCGAAGUUCUGCAUGUGCAAUAGGAAGAUCCAUUAUAAGACGCAUCGCUGAGAUCCCAGAAUCCAUGAGUCGGCAGUAUAGUCGUGAGGAGAGAGAUGGAUCCUUUCACAGCAGAAGUAAUCAGUCUGAUUCAUUUAGGAGGACCCCAGAUACUGUCAGUAUCAGUUACAGAAGUUCAAUAAGAACACCAUCACCAUCUCUGCGGAAAUCUCAAAGUGAUCACCACUACGUCAGGGAGAGAGACUCUUCCUUGCGAGACUCCACGUUAAGGACAGACACUGUGAAAAGAUGCUCUCAGCGAUCUGAGACGGACUCUUUGGACAUUCCACCAGGAGUCUGUAAGUCAGCCAGUGCUCAAAACCUGACCAUCGAUACCAAUCUCCUGCAUCCUGACCACACAAAGCUUCAUAAGUCCUGGAGUCUGACCUCCACGACCACCCAUUCUAUGGAAAACAUACCCAAAGUGAACAGAUCCAGCACAGUAUUGGCAAAGUCAAGAGACAGUAUAUCCAUUGGUGAGCAGACCAGGAGUGCCCUUCUGUCAGAGUCAUUUGAUAAGGCUGAAAUCUGUCCUUGGGAUGUAGAACAGGAACCAUCAACAGACAAGAGCCAUAAACAUGUGACCUAUGCAAACUCUGAGGGUAGUGUACAAAAUGACCCAAAAUCCCCACAGACACUCAUUUGUCCUUGGGACUUUGCACCACCUGUGGAAAAGAAACCAUCUGAGGAUAAAAGUGAAAGUGAAUCCCCAAAACCAGGGGCGUCUGUGUCUGCAAGUGCACCAGGCUCUCCAAGACCCAAGGUCACAAAAGAUCAGCGUGUCCUCUCCUUACGCACCAGCACAAACAGAUGGCUCUCUGUGAAAUCAUUUAUGGGAUCUAUAGAUGGAUCGAGCAAGACCAGUUUAAACAGAGAAGAUUCUGUGUCACAGAAAAGUCAGGAAAGCGUGUCCACAACACCAAGAUCAGGAACAUCUAGUCGACGUCCAAGCAUGGAAAAGAGGUCACUGCAAAAAAGAAGUCUGACAGCAGUAGAUGGAAAACCAUGCCUUGUGAAGCAGAACGCAGUCAGACUGUCCUCUGGAGAUUCUUCUGACAGAAGCCCAAGAAGGCUUGUGGUAGUCAGGUCUGUUGUCUACCCUUCAGAUGUGGAUGAUAUGCAAAAAGAUGGCACAUAUGAAAAUGUGUUUUUAUCUAGACAAAACAGCAAACGAAGCAGUGUAAGUUCUUGGGAAACUGUUAGCAGUUCAAGAACUCCCUCAACGCACAGGAAAGGCAGUAACCGUAUUACACCAGCUCGCAAUGUUUCUCACUCAGAUGUGUGUCCGUGGGAUCUAACUAGUACCUCCCAGCAAGGAGAAGGACUAAAGCAACAGCAGAGUAUUAAAGCAGAUGUAUGUCCAUGGGAGUCACAGGUAUCUGAAAGAUCUAAUGUUUGUCCAUGGGACUCUCAUGAGCAAGGGAAUGUGAAAAGACAAGUAAGUGGUCGAGGUGACGUGUGUCCUUGGGAAUCUCAUGAUAUCCCUAUUAUCUCUUAUAGAACCCCAUCCAAAGAUUCACUGAGGCAAGACUCUUUGAAACAUUCAACAGACGUAUGUCCCUGGGAGUCUGCAGAAUCACCACAACCUUUAAUAAGACAAGAUAAUGAAUAUGCCAAUGUUUGUCCUUGGGACACUCAGAACAAGGCUGAAGUUGUAUAUGAAAAUCUAAAUCCUUUGAACACCAAAGGAUCCCUGACAGUGCCAUUUCAACAAGAAGUUAUGAAAGCUGCUGUUUAUCCUGGUGCUCCAAGAGAAAGUUUUGGUGUUCAGCAACAUUACCAAGCAAAAUUAUCUGCCUUUCAUGCAGGAUCACAAGUGUCCAAGACAUCAGAAAGCUGUCCUUGGGAUUUCCCUGAACCUCCCAAAGUCUUGGAAACUAUUUGCCCAUGGGAAGAAGGGAACACAGAGACAUCCACAACAAAAACAAAUACAAACACAAACCUAACCUCACAAAUGACUGUUAAGGCAGAUAUCUGUCCCUGGGAAAGUGAACAUCAGGAUAAACCAGAAGCCUCCAAAAAAAGUGGUCCUGUCUUGGAAGCCACUUCAGUGCAAACAGAGAGCAAAGACAGAGUAAAUAUAUGCCCCUGGGAAACAGAGCACCCUGAAAAACCUGCUGCUGCAAAAAUGAUUUCAUUAGGACAAGAUAAAGUGGCAGAUGUUUGUCCAUGGGACACUGAAGGCCCAAACUCAGGAAAGACAGAGCCAACCAAAAUAUUACAGAGUCAAGAUGCAGCUCGGGCAAGUGUUUGUCCAUGGGAGACAGGGGGAACAGAGACAAUCAAAACUGAAGUUCCAGAAACAUCAGGGAACCUACAAAGACAGGGUAAUUUGCCAGAAAAUGUUUGCCCAUGGGAGACAGAAGAACCAAAAGUUGUUAAAACACAAGACAGCGGUCGGACAAAUGUUUGUCCAUGGGAGACAGAACAACCAAAAGUUCUCCCAAAACAAGACAGUAGUCGGACAGAUGUUUGCCCAUGGGAGACGGAACAACCAAAAGUUCUCACAAAACAAGACAGCAGUCAGACAGAUGUUUGCCCAUGGGAGACAGAACAACCAAAAGUUCUCCAAAAGCAAGACAGCACUCGAGCAGAUGUUUGCCCAUGGGAAACAGAACAACCAAAAGUUCUUCAGAAGCAAGAUAGCGCUCGAGCUGAUGUCUGCCCAUGGGAAACAGAACAACCAAAAGUUCUCCAGAAGCAAGAUAGCGCUCGAGCUGAUGUCUGCCCAUGGGAAACAGAACAACCAAAAGUUCUCCAAAAGCAAGAUAGCGCCCGCGCAGACGUUUGCCCGUGGGAAACAGAACAACCAAAAGUUCUCCAAAAGCAAGAUAGCGCCCGUGCAGACGUUUGCCCAUGGGAAACAGAACAACCAAAAGUUCUCCAAAAGCAAGAUAGCGCCCGCGCAGACGUUUGCCCAUGGGAAACAGGACAACCAAAAGCUCUCCAAAAGGAAGAUAGCACUCGCACAGACGUUUGCCCAUGGGAGACAGAAGGACCAGAUGUAGUCAAAAAGCAAGACGAUACCGGAACAGAGAUAUGUUCAAUACCCAAAACUGAAAGCAAGACUGAUAUUCCCAACAGUGUCAAUGAGGAUUCUUUACAGAACCUGGGGCCACCAAGUAUAGAAGAGACUCCACCAGGAAUCUCCACAGCAGAGUUAGAUGAUUCUAAAACAAACCUAGCCCUUGGUCGGCGUGAUGCUUUGUGUCCUUGGGAGAUGGUACGAACCAGUUCGGGUUCAUUCACAGACAAUACCUCAGAUGUGUUUACAUGGGAACCAGAGAACAUUCCUGAGGAAGAUGAAGAGGAUGAUGCAGAAUGUGCAGCUGAAGCCCUUGUAUUUCCACCUGACCUGUAAACUAAAUUGAACCAGCACUAACUUUAACUUGACCAUUCCUACUAAAUUAGUGGGGCGGUUCUCUCUUAAACAAUUUUGCUGAUAACGUUUUGAUGGUUAAUACGAAGAUCUUUGUUUUGUCAGAGAGCAGGGUCUGUUACAAAAUAGUUUCCCUCCAGCUUGCAAAGCUGAUAGCCUUUUUACUGGAUAUGUACUUGUCAAGUAAUAAAGACUGGACUGUCUACUUUGAACACUCCACUGCCACACUAUGCCUGAGGGCACUGGACACUAAAAGUUGUGCUACAAACAAGUUUUGUAAUAUUGAGGCACAUAUCUGAGACUCAAGAGACCCUUGUUGAUCCAGCAGUGCAGCGAUGAUUCUUAGUUGACUGAAGGGCAUCUAAAGCAUUUAGAUGAAUUCCCUUUUCUUCCUUCUUUAUCCCAUUUUGAAUAUGUUUUUUUUGUCCUUGUUUGUUUUACGUGACAAAUCAGAUAUUCACAAUGUAUGUACAGUAUGCUGGACCCAUGGCAAAUCCUGGACAGUCUAACAUUCUAAUUAUCUUGAUUUGUUGAAACUACUUUUCUACUCUUAUGUAGUAUAGUUCAGACUACAAUGAUUGUUAAAAAAAAAAAAAAAAAUCUCAAUUAAGUAUUAAUGAUCAAUAAAACUAUGCAUACAUAUUAUCUCAAGUGACUGGACCAAAUGACAGUGAUUAAUAUCACUUUUAUUAAGACUACAUUUAAACAAAAAUUACUUUUACUUUUUACUAACACAUGUAGAAAAAUGCAAAACGGAAAUUAAGCAAAUGGAAUAAUUUACCAUAAAACCAAACAUUUCAGUGCUAAAAAAAAUCCUCUGUCAAAUUUAAGUGGAAACUGCAUCACCAUUUUUAUGUCUGAAGAAAUGGGUGUUGUGUAUUUUAUGUGGAUACAAUGUACAGGAAAUGAAUCCCACAUUUGUUUUUUUGGCAUCUGGAACUAUAACAUUAACAUAGGAUUAAUGGUCUGAAAACCGAUUUUUUCACUGUGAAUUGAGAAAUUCACACCGGAUGCUGUACCUGCACUUGGAAGGAUGGAAGCUAGCUUACCCUUAAAUGUCAAUAUGUAAUGCAAACAAUGAAUGAAUUUUACUGCAAAUGAAAGUAAUUCUUUGAAAAAUUAUUCUUUCCAUUGAAAAAAUAGUCAUCUCUGACAUGACAAUAUCCACAAAUAUUAGCAGUUAAAAAUGUGCCAGGCAAAUAGAACUGAAGAUUAUUGGCAAUUAUUCAUUUAUUUAGCAGAAUUCAAAAGUUCUGUUAAAUAGUUGCCAAUAAUAUGUUGAUUUUUUUUCUUUGAAGAACCUUGUAAUUGGGUACUAAUCACAGUGAACAUCAGUUCAUCAAAAAUUGUCAGACAUUUGCUGUAGUUAAAAUAAUAGUGUUGGGGGGGGGGGCAAAAAGAGAAAGCAUAAUAAUUUUAUUCUAUUUUUGAAGGACUGACAGAAAGUGAAACUCUGUCUAUGCAAGCUUUUUUAAAUUCAAUUUUAAUUCAAGAUAAAGAGAACACUGAUAAUAAAGAAAAUUAAAUAGUUUUAAAUAAUAACACCGCACAAACUACAUUGUUUUCAGAAAAAUGUUCAUCUACGUGAACCCACAUAAAUCGGGGUUAGGAUAAACAAAGGUUGCCCACAUGACAUUGAUGCAUUGUCAUGUACUGUGACAUUCAGGGCCCUAAAACUCCCCCUAAAACUUCCCCUUGAACAUAUUCAAGGAGUUUUCCAAAAUUUCCAUUUAAUUCCUCAGUGACCUAAUCCUGAGUUUUCAUUUGGAUAUAGGGCAAAAAGGCAUGAGAAAACAUCCGUUUGCCACAUAAUGUGGCAUGAAUUUACUAAUUCUUGAAAAAAAUACAAUCUCAUUUUAAUCAAUAUUUCUUACCACCAUAUUAUUCAUAUAUUCACAUCCUCUAGUGAACAAAUGUGAUAUGUUUCAUGUUCCCGUCCUGUAUGUUUUGUUAGCUUAACAGCUAAAUUAGCUUAGCAGUGAUGUUAGCUGAGCACUUAGGCAACCACCAAAGUGUACCAACUAACCAUUACACUAUAAUUAUUCAGUCUGUUAAGUCUAUAAAUAUCAAAUUACAGUAUUCUACUCAGGAAAAUAUAUGGACAUAUUUAAAAGUUUUGGACAUAAAAUACUGAGGUUCUGAUUUAAUUCUGAAGCAAAGGGAUUGCAAUAUUAGGAAAAAAACAUGUUCUAUUUCUAUGCACCACAGAUGUAUAGAUCAAGUACAGUUAAUUAUGAAUUAUAACAGUAAUAAAUACCAUAGUAAAUACUGCCACUCAAACCAGAAUUUACUUCAGUUACUAUGCCUUGUCGACCAUUUUAAAUGUAUCAUUAACCGACUUCAAAACAGAGUUUACAAAAUGUUGGAACUAAAAGGUGGAUAACACAUGAAAUGCUAUAUGUAUUGUAUGUUGACGUAUAUAACUAAUAGUUCCAUGCCAUCAACCAUCACUUUUGCUGCGACUGAAAGUCUCAAAUAACUCCAAGCUUUAAUCCAGUAAUCUACAAGUUGGUAUUGCAGCAAGUUUUGUUCAUGGAGUGACCUAGUGUUGUGAGUAUCUUUGCAUGUUUGUUUGUCUUUUGAAUGAACAUGGUGUAAUUUACUGUCAUGUU